GACCGGAAUCUGGAGCCACGGCUGCCUAUCGUGGCGCCCAUUUAUCCUGUUGCGACGAAGCGUGACGGUCCCCUCGAUCGCGGGCGAGGCGGACCUCGGGGCAUGAACCACCAACCGGCCGCCUUCACGCCCCUCGAGUCGCUGUUCCUGUUCCAGAGCCUGCUUUCGCAGGGGGUCGACGGCGGGGCGUUUGCGCGCAUCUCGGAGCUGCUCAAGGGGAACCCUCUGAUCAAGAGCGGCGAAACGUACGAUGCCGCGCGUCUGACGCCCGAGGCGCUGCAGCAGCAGUUCCUGGGGCUGCUGCGAGACGAGCUCAAGGGUGAUGCGGAGCGCGCUGAUGGGGGGCAGACAACAACAACAGCAGCGGCGGCUGGGGGAGGAGGGGACGGGACGACGGGGUCGCCUGGGUCGUUGAAGAGGAAGCUGGGGAGCCAGACGGUGCCGACGCUCAAGGAUAUAUACGACAAUAUCGAUGUUCUGCCGGCGAUUAUCGAUCGGCUGUACGCACGGUAUCGAGACCACAUGGUUGGGCUGAUUCGCGAGGACGAACGUAGGCUGGCCGUCUUGCAGCGAGAGAUUCAGCUGCUGGAGCGGAGCGAAAAGGAGCGUCUUGCGAAGGUGGCCGCCAGCCAGAACAUCACGCCGAGUCCGGCUCCACGAGAUCCAAGGACGGCCGCAACGGCAGCGCUGCCCUCGACGACAACAACAGGGGUGCCAUCAGUCGCCGCUCCAUCACCCUUACCACCUACAAACGGAGCUACUCCUUCUCCUUCUCCAGUACAGGUAUCGACGACAGCGCCGCCUCCGGCCAUCAGAAAGGGACCAACUCCGAAUACGCCUGUGCCGCCGCCGAAACCACCCGUUUCUGCCGUUGCAGCGCCCAAGGUCCCAGUACAGAGCCAGCUGGCGCCUGCGGCGACGCCUUCUCGACCGGCUGCCUCACCGAAACCGCCGAAUGCAGCGUCUUCCGUGCUCCAAGCGCCUACCGGGGCUCCAACACCACAGCCAAGCUCCCAAGUGUUGCAGCCGCCGACGCAGCAGCCGCCGAAACAGAGCAUACCGCCCCGGCCAGAGUCUGCUGCACCACAACCACCAGCCGCGCCAGGAGCCGCUCCCGCUCAGGCUGGGUCGCUCAAGUGGGAGAAACCCUAUCAGCCUCCGCCAACGGCGCAGGCUUCUCCGGCUGAGCAGCAAUACUCACCGCCGAUGCUCUCUGCGCCGAACAAUGCCGCUUUGCAGAAGGCUCACUCGCCCGCGCAACAGCAGCAACCUUUACCUUCGCCUGCGCAACAGCAACAGUGGCAACGACAGCCAGUACCUCAUCCGCAACAACACCCACAACAACCAGAGCAUCCACAGCAUCCACAACAACAGCCUACGCAAUAUCCUACACACCCGCCACAAUUACCACAUGCACAGCAGCUGCCCCAGCAGCAGCAGCAGCAGCAACAACAGCCGCGGCCACCCGCUGCAAAGCCUGUUUUGGUUCCCCCUCAGCCUGCCGGCCAGCUGGCUGCCCCUAUACAGCCGGGACCUCCUCGCGCAACCGGACCAGGGGCUACACAGCAAGUUCGUCCGCCAUCGACGACACCCUCGGCCUCGGGCCGUCCUAUUCAACCUCAACAACAACCUCAGCCGCACCCGCAGCAGCAACAGCAGAGCCAGCAGACAACACCACAGCACCAGCACAUACAGAGAGCAGUACAAGCUCAGCCAUCCUUGCUAGCUCAGAAGUUCCAGCACAUCCCGAGAAUCCAGACGCCGCGGCCAAUUGUUUCUGCAAAUUCUCCCAAGGGGUCGCCUUCGGUUACCGCUGCUGGAUCUCCAAUCCUUAAUAAGGGUGCCGCUCCUGUAGCUACCGCAACGCAACGAUGGCAGCCGGGCGCUUCUUCAGCACAGCAAGGAGCUCCUCCUCGGCCAGCUCCAUCUCCGUCACCCGCCAACAAGGACAAGCCGCAUGGCACACCGUAUGGUGCCCAAGCGCCGCGGCCUGCGAUCCCCGAGCACAUGAUCCGGCAGGCGGCUGCUACUCCGGGACCUGUGAGACGACUCAGUCCAGCAUCUCCAGCACCACGGACGCCAGCACCGUCAAGUCCUGUAUCUCUUAAGCGCGGAUUUGGAACCAAGUGGGCAUCUCACUCGACUCCGUCGACUCCUGGUCCGAUUGCAUCAGAGCCGGAGAGUCCGGCUUAUGAACCCGUUAGUCCUCCGCUGCAGCGGCCCACGAUUGCAAAAGACUCUGCAGUCAAAGCGGCUCCUAAGAUGGCCGUGCCAAAGCCAGCUGCCACAGUUGAGGCAACCCCUGUAGCAAAGGCACCUCGAGGUCGACCCCCGCGAUCGGUGCAGAGAAGCCGCGGGCCCAGUGCAACGCCUUCUGCCACGGGAACGCGGCGAAGCCAGUCUGUCAUUAGCCAAACAGAUGAGCUGUCUCUUGAUCACUCCAUGACCAAGGUGAAGAAGGAGGCGGCAACGCCGCGCCUCAGGGAGGAGACUGGCGAUACGACUGCGGAUGAAAGCAUGCCCGGACGGGGCAUGAUGGGUACUCCCAGCAGUAUGACCCGUGCAUCUAAGAGGAAGCGGCAGGAUACUCCUACUGACCUUCAAGGCCCUCCCACGCACGUGUUGUGGACGCGAGGCUUCACAAAGGUGUCCUCGUCGGCCCUCGACCAGAUAUCGAGCCAUCGCGACGCGAACAUGUUUGCGACCGCCCUGCGAGAGAAAGACGCGCCGAACUACCGGCAGAUCGUCCUCCAACCGCAAGACAUUACUUCGAUUCGCUCCGCCAUCAAAGCCGGCAACAAGGCCGCACUGCAGGCGGCGGCGAACUUGCCAGGCGGCGAUCCGGGCACGGCCAGUGUCUGGCUCCCCAUUUCCGACGAUCUCGUUCCUCCCCGAGGAAUAAUCAACAGCGCUCAUCUCGAGCGCGAGCUGGUGCACAUGUUCUGUAAUGCGAUCAUGUACAACCCCGAUCCGGAUCGCGGCCCGGGGCCGGCAUUCAUGAGGAGGUCUCAGAGCGACGAGGAGGAGAUUGUGGGCUACCGACUCGACGAGAACGGGGUGGUGAAGAACACGCAGAGCAUGUUCCUCGAGGUGGAGAAGCUCCUGGGGGACCUGCGGGCGGCGGAGAAGGACCGCGGCAUCCCGCCCAUCUCGACGACGAGGCAGGGCAGCGUGGCGACGCCGGCCGAGGACACGGCCGAGGAGGAGGACGAGCUCGCGGGGGACGGCGACUCGACGUCGGCGUCGGGCACGGGGACGGCCAAGAGGAGGCGCAUCAGCACCAGGAUUUAG